CGGCCCUGCAGGCAAGCACUGGCUUCCUGACCAAGGGAGACUGCGGAGGAAUCCCCAGCACGGCAGUUUCAUCAACUAUUAAUACGAAACUACUGUCGAAAAGAGGAAACCGGAAGACUUCAGACAUUUUCGAGUAAUACCACCAGCUGGGAGGACUGUGCAGAAGUUGCAAAUAUCUGCUUAAUCUGAAGAAAUAUCACAGAUUUGCUCUCCAAGCUCAGCUGACACCGAAAAGAAAAAUAUGAUGAGAGAUCAGCAGGCAGCAGAUGAAGAAGCUCCCCCUGAUCCAUAUUACCACGGCCAAUGUGGGGAAUCAGAACUGAGAAUCGUCCUUGUAGGUAAAACAGGAGCUGGGAAAAGUGCAACAGGAAACACCAUCCUUGGCGAGAGAGUGUUUAAAUCCAUACUGGGAGCACAGACAGUAACUGAGAUUUGUAAAACUGGCAGUAGGAUCUGGAAUGGGAAGAUGGUUCAAGUGGUUGAUACUCCUGCAAUUUUUGAUCGAAAGAUCUGUAGUACAGACACUUACAAAGAGAUUGGUCGCUGUAUCGCGCUCACUGUCCCAGGCCCCCAUGCUCUGGUGCUGGUGACCCAGCUGGGCCGUUACACUGAAGAAGACAAGGAAGCGGUGAAGAGAGUACAGGAGAUUUUUGGAGUUGAAGCCAUGAGGUACAUGAUCGUCUUGUUCACCCGAAAAGAAGAUUUAGGGGGUGGUUCACUGAGUGACUAUGUGAGACACUCGGAUAACAGAGCUCUCCAGACAUUGAUUCAAAAGUGUGGGGACCGAUACUGUGCUUUCAAUAACAAAGCAACUGGAGCAGAACAGAAAGAGCAGGUUAAUACGCUGAUAGAAAUAGCUGAGAGAAUGGUGUGGGAGAACAGAAACACAUAUUAUACUAGUGAAUUAUAUUCCAAGGCAGAGGUGAUGCUCAGUUAUGAUAAUGGAAACUUUGAAGAAAAAUGCAGAAACUUUGGAGAAAAAGUGAAACAGCACAUAACAAACCAAAAAGCCAUAGCAGAAGCUGAGCAUCGUUGGGUGUUAAACAGAAUUAGGAAAGCAUGUUGUUGUAUAAUUACAGUUUAUCUAUGGAGACCUGUGAUAUUUGUGAUAUAUGCUAUAUAUAGGAUAGGCUGUGCUAUAUGUCAGAGAGGAUGGAGGUGCAUUCUUUCAUUGUAUAAUUACUGGUUCGGUUAAUGAUGAUAACUCAUUUUCCUAUAUGUUUUCCUCUUGGAGUUGAAAUGUAGUUUAUUAAUAAUCAUGGGCAGAAUUUCUCUUCAUUCUAAUCCUACAGCUUCCUAUGUUCUAUAGCUCAGCUUCUUGCCACUAGUACCGCAAAAGACAAACAUGCAAAUUAUGAUCAGAUGAAGUCAUUUAGAUUUGUUUUACAAUAACUUCACACAGGAGAUUCCAUUAAGGAUUGUAUAUGGAUGUGUCAAAUCUGUACUUUUUUUAUGGAAAACCAAAU